AACAAACCGUACCAAACAGACGCUCACAUGACCGGUCGUGCAGAUGUGAUGCUUCCCCUGCACACAUGAUUUCUACAUCUCCCCCUGAGGGCGUCCGGCCACAGAGUAACCUCCCUGCUGCCAUGGCUGAGGUGUUGGGACAGAGGAGCAUGUUGGGCCUUGGUGUGAUGCUGGCAUGGUUGGUGCUGUUCCACCUGCUGGUCAACAUUUGGCUGCUGUGUGUAUUCACCAGCCUGCUGGUGGUGCUCGGUGGCUGGCUCGGCUCACAGGCGGUCCUGGAGUCUGACAGUGUGGUUCACCUGGAGAGGUUCAUCUCUCUGGAGGAGAUUGCACCCUCUGUGGAAGAUGAGGAUCACUUGGACCAGGAGAUCCACAACACAGUGAGGAAAAUCAUCAGGGACUUUGUCAGCUCCUGGUACUCCACAGUGUCCUCCGAGAGCAGGUUUGAAACAGAAGUUCAUGACGCCAUGAUCUCUAUGGCCAUGGAGCUGAAAGUACGUGCAAGACAGGUGGACAGGAAGGAGCUGACCCAGAGGAUCCUGGAUCUAUUCGGCUGUCACCUGCAGGACUACAUCCGAGCCAAGGAGCUGGUGACGGAGCAGCAAAAGCCCCUCACCUCAAAGUGGAGCAAUGAGACCGAGUUGUGGAAAGCUUAUUCUAGGAUAACCACGCCUCACCUGGCCAUGACCAGCGACACAGUGGAAGUAAACUAUGCCCGAGCGGUUGUAGAUUUGUUGCUGCAUGUUUUGGUGCCCCCACCUCAUUUGGAGACCCGCACUGGGCGCUUUGUCGUCGCAGAGCUCAUCACUUGCAACGUUGUGCUGCCUCUUAUCGGCAAACUGUCCGACCCUGACUGGUUAAACAGUCUUAUUAUUGAGAUAUUCAGCUGGUCCAGCAAACCACAAGAGCCGAUAAAAACAGAGCCUGUGACGCCUUCGCCACCGAAACUACCAUCUCCCUCUGCCGAAUCAGAGCUCGCUCCACUGCAAGAAACGCCUCCAAAGAAUAAUGAACUAACUCCAAUCAGAGCCUUAACUGAAACGUUUAAUCACACGGAGACGUCCUCGACUGACCUCGCCGCUUACGAUGUGAUCGACUUCGAGGAGGCGGAGUGCACGCAGAGUAUUGCAGAAGAAGAAGAACCUUCUCAACCCUUUUUUAAGCAUUACAUAAGAGGAAGCAAAUCCAACCCAUUCUACCAGGAAAAUGACUCUGAUCUGGAUUCUCCUUUGGCCGACUUUAAACAAACCUCCAUUGACUCCCUGGUUAUGAUCGGCCCAGAGGAGGGUCUGUAUCACAGGCUAAAAGAUUCAGUUUCUUCUGCUGAGAACAGUGUGGAUCAGGAGGAUGUCUGCCCUAGUCCUGUGGAUCUCCCCUGCCCUAAAGUCCUGGUGAUCCAGCCAGUGGAACAUCCGAACAGCUGUAGCCCCUCACCAGUUAGAACAAGAGAUGGGACUGUGAGUAUCUGCAGCAUCCAGGAUCUGGAGAAGGAGGCUCCUUCAGUCAGCCCAGCCAGAGAUCUCCUCCUGGGUGUAGAGCAGAGCGGACCUGGGAGCUCCACUGAGCUGACAGAUGCGAGUCCCCUGCAGGCCUCGUCCCCAAUGCCGCCGUUUAGUUUCGAGCCCCUCAGCAGCCCCGAUGGUCCGGUCAUCAUCCAGAACCUCCGGAUCACUGGCACCAUCACAGCUAAGGAACACCGCGGCACUGGCUCACAUCCCUACACCCUUUACACAAUCAAAUAUGAGACAUCCAUGGGCUAUGAGCAGCCAGGAGGCAUCCAGCCCGGCUCUGAGGACGCUGAAGUUGAACCAGCAUGCGAAAACUCUGCCUCCAUUCAGCCGGUGGCCUAUCACAUGGUGAACAGACGUUACAGCGAGUUCCUAAACCUGCAAACACGACUGGAAGAAAAAAAUGACCUGCGGAAACUCAUCAAAGGUGUAAAAGGUCCAAAGAAAAUAUUUCCAGACAUGCCGUUUGGUAACAUGGACAGCGACAGGAUAGAGGCCCGGAAAGGACUUCUAGAGACCUUUAUUAAGCAACUAUGUACCAUCUCUGAAAUCGCCAACAGUGAGGAGAUGCAGGAGUUUCUGGCUCUCAAUACAGACGCCAGGAUCGCCUUUGUCAAGAAACCAUUUAUUGUGUCUCGCAUAGACAAGAUUGUGGUGAACGCCAUCGUGGAUACCUUGAAGACAGCAUUCCCUCGUUCAGAGCCUCAGAGCCCCACAGAGGACAACGAGGGAGAGGUGGAUGGAUUGAAAAUCGGUGGUGACAAGAAGAGCAAAUCUCGUAUGAAGUUCUCCAGUAAAAACAUCCCCUUUAUGAACGGCUCAGACAUCAGACCAUCGGUUUUGUUCAGUUGGGAGAAAACAAGCAAAGUGUUCAGUGGAAUGUCUUUAGGAGAUUUGCAAGCCUUCAUCUCAGAACAAGAAAAAUUAGACACCAGAGACCUUCUAGAGAGGGAGGAAAGUCCAGGAAUAGAUGAAUUUGGGGGCCGCUUGGACGUUUGCUUUAGAGGAAAAAGCAGUCGGGAGUCUGCAUCAGAGACGGCGCUGGCUGAGGUGGCUCUGAACAUCCUGUGUCUGCUGAUGAGGGAGCAGUGGAGCUGGCUGUGCAGUGAGAACAUUCAAAGGACCAUCAGGCUGCUGUUUGGGACCUUUAUCAACAGAUGGUUGGAUGUGAGCGUAGCCAACCUGACCUGCACCAGUUACUGGGUUGCGUACCUGCAGGUGAUCCAGGAGGCCGUGUGGCCUGGAGGAGCUCUGCCUACAGAGCCUGUACUUGAACGCAGCCAGCAGGAGAAGGACGACACCAGGCAACAAGCUUUACACUGCCUGAUGAGACUCAUACCAGACCUGCUCUCAGACAUGUUGGGCUCCGACAAGUACAAACUCAGCUGGCAGACUGCACUCGACUCUCUUCAGGAUCCCUACAUUAACAGACACCUCGUCUACUGCAUAUUUGAUCUUCUGCUGGAGUUCCUGGUUCCUGAAAUACCUGAAGAGGACUUCCAGACGAGUUUGCUGCAGACCCUCUCGAAGAACCCCGAGAAGCUGCUGGCAUGAUGAGACCAC